CAAGGCAAGUCCCACCCGGAAGAAGACAUUUCUUUAACAUUUAUGGAAGGAGAGUCCAGUGUCAGCACUUUAGAACAGGCCAGAAAGUCUUCAGGACAAAGUAUGCACUUUAGGUUUUUUGGUAAGAUGACAAGUUGUGUUUUUGUUUUGUUUUUACAUCAAGAGAGAGAAAAAAAGAACGACUGGUGAUGGAAUGACUUUAUAGCUGCUGUAACGUAAGUGAUAACAGGAACUAACUUUUUUAUGGACUUUUCACAACAAUAAACUAUGUUAUUGGGGGGCAGUGGUGGCUUAGCGGUCAAGGUUCUGGGUUAUUGAUCUGGAAGAUCGGUGGUUCAAGCUCCAGCUGUUGGGCCCUUGAGCAAGAUCCUUCCCCCGCUCUGCUCCAGGGAUGCCAUAUCAUGGCCGACCCUGCACUCUGACCCAUGUUGGGGUAUGUUAAGAAACCUGUAUCAUUCUGCUGACCGUGGGUUGCUAAGCAGAAGCAAUGGCUGUUACUUCAAGCUGUUUUGAACCUAAAAAAUACCUUUAACAGAAACAAGGUCACUUUCCAACCUUAUUUAAAGUGUAAACAAAAGCAAUCAAUAUAUAUCUUAAGAAAUACAGUCACUCAUGUGCACUUCUGAAGUUGCAGACUACAACCCCCUUGAUCCCCCUUGAAUUCCUGUCAAACACCUAUCCCCACAGUCGCCUGAUUACUAAUGGGACUCACCUGGUCACCCUCGUUGCCAUUAAUGACCCAGAUUCCCAAACACACUUUGAGAAACCUGUGAAGUUGUUCAAUUGUGUUACGUAUGAAUGAAAUUGACUUCAAAAUGAAGGAAAAAUUCCAUGACUGAUACUCACUGGGAGAAUAUGGCACUGGGAAUUGUGGCUGCAGCACUGCACUGUGUGCUGAAAGAAGGAGACAGGAAGUGAGUGGAGUGGUGAAUGAUGAGCAUGCUUGUUGGAGUGUUUGUGGAAGACUCUGAGCUUUCAUCUCUGCUGUGCUCAAAGGCACAAGAUUAUCCAAAGACUGCCAGCAGCACAAAACCUAUUUGUUCCCAGAGAGAGAGGCUCUCUUUGUGCAUAUAAAAGGGUCUAAUGCAAGUAAAGCAGCUGAUUCGACUCUUUCAACUGGCUCUUUUAGUAAAAUCAGCCAUCACCAAGGCAGAGGAGCAAAUCAAGUCCUUUACUGAAAAGCUGGAGCAUGCGCAUACUGAACUGGACGAGAAGGCUCGGCUGGAAUCUGAAAUGACUCUGCAGCUGCAUUUGAUCAAGAGACAACAACAAGAAAUCCAGAAGAAGAAAGAGGACUUGCUCGAGCGACAGAAAGGGCUCAGACAGGACACGGAGCGAAUGAACAGAGAGGCAGCUGAGGAGAAAGAGAAGUUCAUGACGGCGAUCAGAACCUUCAACAGCGACUUUAACCUGCUGACAAAGAGGGACGCCGUGUUCCAGAGUCAGACCCGAUCUGAAAUACAGAGUCUCCAGUCGGAAGCUGAGGCACUAACCAAAGAGAUGGAGAGGAUGAAGCAAGAAAACUCCCAGCUGAUCUCUUUGCAAACAGAGCGGGAGUCUUUAUCAGCAGAGCUCCAGGGGCUGCACUCGCAUCUAGCAGAUUUGGAGAGGGAGCUGGAGGAGGCAGCGGCUCUCACAGACUCCCUGAAGACUGAAAGGGAAUCGGCCGUUCAGAAACCUCUGACAGACAGCACCUGCCUCAGACUGAAGAAAGAGCUAGAGGCACAUAAGGAGCUGGAGAUGCUGCAUGAGGCGCUCAGCGCGGAGAUUCAGUUCUUACGUUCGAAAUGAUCACAGGAGGUGAGUGCGUGAGGUUCUCCGAUCGCUCUGUUUUCAGCAGUCACGCGUGAUUCUGGUGCUCGUGGAGAAUCCGUUCUGUUUUUUUUUUCCCCCCGUUGAAGAUUUCACGGUUAAAGCGCUUGAGUGCAGGUUUGUGUUGGUGCACCGGAUCGUCCACUGGUUUUCUUCAAGAAGAAAAAAAAAAAAAAAGAAGAAGAAAACCAGUCAGACCAUUCUACAGCUUGCUCUCGAGUCCUAGUUUCUCUUAGGAAGCCGACUUUGCAACGUGUUAAUCUGUAGAAGGCUGCCCUCUAGUGGAUGAAUCUGUAAAUGACUAGACAAAAUACAGCCCAGUUCAUGCUAAUACUGUAGAAAGAAAUCGCUGUGGUGUAAAAAUCCAUGAGUCACAGUGAUCUAUUGAAUAUAUUAGUGCAUAUUAUUAGUUUAAAUGUAUUUGCAGGUAGCCAUAUACAAUACUGAUAUGAGAUUUCAGAUACAGUGAAGGCAUUGUGUAUUAAACUGUAUAUUUGUAGCUCAUGAGCUUUUUUUCUUUCUUUCAUCAGCUGCCAUCUAGUGGCCAUUAACCAACAUUACGUUCAAUAAAUAUAUACAGUUUUG